UUCCAGCUAGUUUCACGGUGCAUGUGUCCUGUCGCCUGAGGGUCUCACAGUUCCCCAACUGUUGGGUUGGCCUGACAUUCCAUGAGGGAGAAAAUGUGUCUUGGAUUCAAGUGACCAUGGCCUGGGUUUGGCAAGAUGAAUUCCUCAUCUGAAAAAAUUCACUUAUUGGGGCUGUUGACAGCCCUGGGUGCAGGAAUCAUCCUUGGAGCAGGAAGCAUGUACCUUUAUUUCGAGAGAAGGAAACAAGAUGCAAUGCAGCAGUUGCUGGAGGAAAUGAAAGAAAGUAUUUUUUCUCUUUCACAAGACUUGUUAGACCUUCGAGAAAAAGCAAGGAGGAGACUUCCUCAAGUGUCAUCUGUAGCAACUGAUUUAUAUUCAUUUUACUCUGCUGAAUCUGAGUUGAGCAUUGGUGAAACAGAUGAGAGUGGUGAUGAUGAAGUGAGGUUGAAAAGACCAGAUGCAGGCUUCAUUGAGAGUUCUACCCCAGUCAUAAGAAGAAAGAAGAAAUACACAAGGACUGACAAACUCUUGAGUGGAGAUACCCAGAACAUCCAUUCAGCAUAUAGUCAUCUAAAAUCUAUUGAACCAGAGUGCACAAAUGAUCCAGAGUUUUAUUGGAGACUAGCUAAAGCGUGUCAUCUGAGAGCAACACACGAGGAAGAGCAAGGGAGGCCCGACCGAAUGAAGGUGUUCAUCUUUGAAGGUAUUGAGGCUGCAGAGAAGGGACUAGGAAUUGAUAACAGAGACCCAGAACUCCACAAAUGGUAUGCGAUCUUGGUGGGAAGUCGAGGACAGUUCUCUUCGACGAAAGAGAGGAUCAAAGAUGGCUAUCUCUUCCAGCAACACGUUGACCUGGCACUCCGGGCUAGUCCAAAUGAUCCUGUCCUCCAUCACCUCAAGGGCAGAUUCUGCUAUGAGGUAUCCCAGCUGUCUUUCAUUGAGAGGUCCGUGGCAUCGACCCUGUUCGCAGCACCUCCCACGGCCACGGUAGAGGAGUCCCUGGCAUCUCUCAUGGAAGCAGAGAGGCUUUUUGAAAACCCAUGGAAGGAGAACAAGUUGUACAUUGCUAAGUGCCACAUUGGAAGCAGAGAGUUUGCACUAGCGGCAAAGCAUCUCAAGGAAGGCCUUGCUAUGCCCAGCACAUCUCCCAGAGAUGCUGGUGUCCAUGCAGAACUGGAAAGCCUUUUCAAAAAGGUGGAGACGUGCACCGCGUACGCGCUGAAGGACCUGGGAUCCGGCCGCUAUCGUUACAGCCUCGGAAAUUCCAGAUCCCCGGAAGAUCCGGAUCCGGAUCCGGGAUCCGGGAUCCCGAGGACGGUCGCAAAAGAGGCCAUCAUGAAGGGAUUCUCGCCUCGCAAUCCUGCUCUGGACAAUGAGUGGCUGGACAAUGAGCCAGAGAAUUCGGGCUUCUGGAUCCGAGACGAGGCAUCCGGCAUCGCUGUAAGGGUCGGCGGAUGCGGGAAUCCAGGCUAUUACGUUUGCGAAUUCCCGGAUCCUUGGGGAGGCGUUUGGAGGCAGUGA